AUGCACCUCCACCUCCUGCGCACCAACGGACGAAAUGAAGAGCAGAGCCCCGGAAUCUCAUUGUCCAUUUUCCAUCUCGGAGCGCACUUGAAGCACCAUCAACCAACAGAAGCAGUAACUAUGGCAAGCUGGGCGGAAAACUAUCGCAAUGCCAAUUGGCCGAUGAUCUACUACAUCACGCUGGUGCACAUCGGCGCCGUCGUAGGCGCUACGUGUCUGCCAGAAUGCAAAACACAGACGUACUGGUGGCUCUUUGGACUGUACGUGCUCAACGGUUUGGGUAUCACCAUGGGCGCGCAUCGCCUGUGGGCACACCGCAGCUACAAGGCCUGUGGCCUCGUCCGCUUCCUUCUCAUGCUGUGCAACUCCAUGGCUAACCAGGGCACCAUCUUCCACUGGAGUCGUGACCACCGCGUGCACCACAAGUACUCGGACACAAGCGCCGAUCCACACAACUCUGGUCGUGGCUUCUUCUUCGCCCACAUGGGUUGGCUGCUGGUCAAGAAGGACCCCAAGGUGGUCAAGGCCGGCGAAGGGCUUAACUACGAUGACCUGUGGGCCGACUGGACCGUCGUGCUGCAGGAGAAGCUCAACCCGUGGGGCAACCUCUUCAUGUGCUUCGUAUUCCCCAUGAUGGUGACCACGCACUUUGCCGGUGAGAACUGGUUCAACGCUCUCUUUGUAUGUGGUUUCCUACGCUAUGUGCUCGACCUGCAUGCGACGUGGCUGGUCAACAGCGCCACGCACUUCUACGGCUCAGCUGAGUACGACGACACUAUCUGUCCGCGCGACAACUGGUUCGUGUCCGUCUUGGCACUGGGUGAAGGCUGGCACAACUGGCACCACAAGUUUCCGUACGACUACUCCACAGGCGAGGGCGAGUUCCUGCAGUUCAACCCCACCAAGCUCAUCAUCGACAUCUGCGCGCUCUUCGGUCUCAUCACGGAGCGCAAGCGCGCCACGGCCAUCUGGCACCGUAUGCGCGAUGCGCGUACCAAGGGGAAAUUAGCGGACGUCGUGGAUCCGGAAGGCGACGAGCCGCUCAAGGCCUUCGCAGAACUCAAGUCGAAGAUGCUGUAG